AUGUUUCACCAGCUUUCCCCGGAAACGUCUCCUAGUCCAAGAGGAGCAGCAAGCGUAGCGACGCAGCUCCGGGGAGCAGCCGUUUAUCCAGAGCGGGAGAUCUCGAGCUCUCGUCCCCGCACUUGGUAGGUGAGCGAGGAAUUUCUGCGCUAGGGAGCAAGCAGAAAAUGGAUGCAGGUGGUACCUCAAAGAGCGGCCGUCCAGGUCGUCGUCCUAAGAUGCCACCGAAGCUGAAGUUCAAACCCAAAGUACCAGUACGGAAAGUGAAAAAAUCAACUGCAGAAAAGCCACAACUGGAAGAGACACUACCAAUUGAUGAAGAAUUAAUGAAGAGACUGAGGACUGGUCGAGGAGAUGCAAAAACUUUGUCAGCUAUAAAAGAGGAGAACUCGGCAGCACAGAGUUCCCACCCAAUGCCUUCUCCUGAAACUGGCUUUAGCUUACCACUGACACAGUCAGGAGGGCAGAAGCAAGUUCAACCAAAGAAGGCACUUCAAAUCCCUAGAUCCUUUCCUGUUGCUGCCAAUCCAGAAAUGUUCUACGAUGAUGAGGACGAAGAAGACGAUGACGAGGAUGAGGACAAUGUUGAGUUGCAGGAAAAUCAGCCAAGCUCAUCUGAAUGUGAAUCUUCCAUCCAUCCAGCAAAAGAGCUGAAUUUGCUCGAACAAGACAACAAAACAAGAAUGUUCUUAUUCAAAUUGCCGAAAUAUCUUCCUUUGCCAAGAAUAUCAUCCACUGUAGUUCAAAGGAAUGGAAAGGCCAUUAUCAAGGAGACAAAAGAAGGGCACAAUCUCAAUGAUUUGCCAGGAGGGUAUAUGGGCAAAAUGCUGGUAUACAAGAGCGGGAAGAUCAAGAUGAAGUUGGGGGAUACCAUGUUUGAUGUGAACUCAGGGACGGAAUGCGGGAUGUCACAGCAUGCAGUAGCUAUCAACACCAGGGAGAAACAUUGUUGCCCACUUGGUGAGAUCGAGAAUCGGCAUGUUGUGGUGACGCCAGAUGUUGACUCUCUGUUAAAUGACAAUAGGGAUUAGCUGUAAAUUGUCAAAUGAUCAGUCUGUUAGAUGAACAGUUGUAGUAGCUUGGCAAAUGUGUGUGCAUAUGCUAGAACUGUGCAUUUUAAUCAUGAUACAAGGUAAAGCUAUUGCUCUAGUGGCACUUGUACAAUAGUAGUGUAGAACUAAUUGCUGCUUGUAGUCGAUGAGUGCUCAGUGAGGUGUUGAUGUUGUAGCUUAACCAUUACAGUAGAAGGAGCAUGGAUAUCAAUAUUAUUUGAAUCCAAUUUUAAUAUUGUACAUGCAUGCAAAGGUGUAUUUCUUGUCCUUACAAGAUCAAAAACAAUGUUGCGGAAGCCAGAGAAGAACUUAUAUGGCCAGCUCUUCAAUCAA